UUAUGAGUCCCCGCCCCGCAACUUAGUCAGUCCAACCUGAAGAGAAGGCGAGUCCACGGCUAAAAAUAUAAGAGCUAACACAAGAUGGCCGGUUUGCCUCGUAGGAUUGUAAAGGAGACACAGCGGUUGAUGGCAGAGCCUGUUCCAGGGAUCACGGCUACACCUGAUGAAGGGAACGCACGCUACUUCCAUGUGGUCAUUGCAGGGCCUCAAGACUCUCCUUUUGAAGGAGGCACAUUUAAACUUGAACUAUUUCUUCCAGAAGAGUAUCCCAUGGCAGCUCCCAAAGUGCGAUUCAUGACCAAAAUCUAUCACCCCAAUGUUGACAAACUGGGAAGAAUAUGUUUAGACAUUUUGAAAGACAAGUGGUCUCCAGCCCUGCAGAUCCGUACAGUGUUGCUAUCUAUCCAGGCGUUAUUAAGUGCUCCCAAUCCAGAUGAUCCCCUGGCAAACGAUGUCGCAGAGCAGUGGAAGAAAAACGAAAGCCAUGCCAUUGAGACAGCCCGAACAUGGACCAGGCUCUACGCGGUCAACGACAUGUAGAAGAAGAGAAACGAGGCGUCUGAAUGUGAUCCACAAAAAAAAAAAAUGUACUCCUAUUCUGUCAACAUUUGAAUUUAACGGACACAAAAAAAAAGAGAAAAAAAAAAAAGAUUAUAAGUCCAAAUCUAUUUGAAAGAAAUGAUGAGAUUUACUGCUGCAGACCUCUGGGUGACUUAUUUUCCUCUAAGACGCGUUAAAUGUGUGUUAGCCUUUUUUUUUUUUUUUUCCUGUGUUGCUAUUUAAAUGCAUGGACAGAGAAUGACACCCUCCCCACUACAGUCUUAAAAAUCACAUGCAAUAUGUUGUCCUGAACUAGGCACAUACUGGUACGUUUGCAAAAUAUACAUGCAUUAAAGCUGUCCUUCUUUUAACACAUGCAUUAUUUGUCAACACAUCUUUAUGUCUUUUUGUGAGAUGACAUGUUGUGUUUUAGCACAUAAGAGUGUGCACAGCUGUGCUCUCCACCACCGAUAGUAACAAUACGAGUGAGGAGGUUUCCCUUUACUGUUUUUAGGGGAAUACAGUGAAUUCCACUCCUGUGUGUUCCUGCCAGAACCUCAAAACACCGAACAUGUAGUUGGUGGUGCAGCUACUGUAGCAUCAUCACAGGAGCACAUGGGACACCCAAUGCUAAAACACACAAACUGUUUUUAAUCGCACAGCAAAAGUGAUUUUAUUUGUAAAAUCUGACAUGACAGCAAGUAAAUCUAAAGGGUUUCACACAGCAAAUACAACCUCAAGCUCUUCUUCAACAAAAUCUAGCUGAACUCAAUGGUCUCAAAGGACAGAAACAGACAACAUUGUUACUGUAAAAUACAUUUAUAGACCUCCUAAAAGUACCUGCCAAAUUCGCCGAUACCACUUCAUAGUCACGGCUAAUAUUCAAAAGCAUUUAGUCAACGGUUAGGGUCCGUUUGUGGCUCCUGCAGGUGUAAUUUUACAUCUCAAAAUAGAUCCUAAGUUGAUGCAAAAGACAGAUAAUUGUGUGAUCAGAUGCCUGAGCCAGUCAUCAUAAUCUUAAAAUCCGCUGGUUUAACGUCGGUAGUAUGAAGUGUUGCUGUUGUAAAGCAAGAUUCACACGUUUAGGUCUCAGAAACUGUUGAUGUAAUGUUUGCUUCAUUCGUUUCUCUGUUUUGUUUUUGUCAGCGAUCAGCUUUCGAACCUUGUCGGACAGUUUGGGGAGGGUGAGCAGAGCACUUCCACAUGAUUAAAAAGUCAUUCCCAACACAUUCAGAAAGGUAGAAAGACUAAAUGUUUUCGCUGGAAAAGGAACUAACUGUAAUCAUGUAGAAGAUGUGUUGAAAAUGACGUCGUUUUUUUUAAGAGUGUAGGAAGUUAACGUUUUUAUUUUCCUUUUUUUUUAACCGUCUGUCCAUGCUAUCUAUGUUGCCUGUUCUCUAUUUUAUUUUCAGUGUUCAUUUUUUUUUUUUUUUAAUUUUAAAAAAGGCAUAACCAAACUGAUGUCAGGACAGUUCAAACUAGUUUUCUUCUCGGGUGGGUUUAGUCAGAUUGGAGGCAUUGUUUCCUUUAAAGGGAAAGUUGAGAGUUUUUGUCGUCUUUUACAAAGUUUCUGAGUCGGUCUUAACCUGCUUUUGCUCUUUUUUGAUCUGUGAUGAUUAUACAAGUGCAUUUAUUUGACUCCUGAGGGGAAUUUGGGUCAUUGUGGUAGCUGAAAAAGUGGUGUUACAAAUAAAAAAUGUGUUCAAAACGUAAAGAUUUUAUCAUGCGAUUAUGGGUUUUGUAUUGGCUGAAGAGCAUCGAUGUCAUGAACGUGUAAAACUUCUUAAACUUUCCUUUUAAAAGAAGCUGUAUUGAUGGUUUAGAGGGAUCAGAUCAUGACUUUACAGGCCGUGUAGUUUAGAGCCUCUGCGGUCAUGUUGCUUCAGUUUGGCUCGUCUGAGGGGCGUCAUGUCGUAGUGUUUCUGUUGAGUGUUCUUUUUCGGUUCUUCUUCUUUUCUUUGCUCUUUGUCAGAUUAUCGCAGGCUCGGCGUUGUUGCUUAGAUUUGUUUGUGUCCUGUCCUCACCCACAACAUAUUAACUGUUCCUAACAUUUACUCAAGUCUGGAAAGACGGAGCACGGCUUAAAAAAAACAAAAACAAAAAACAAACCUGGUUAAUUUAUUGUUUCCCUGAAGGGACUUGACAGUAAUCUAAACCGAGAAACAGUCACUCACUGGAUUUUUGAAGCAUUUAGAUCAAACUAUCAAGAGAUCAAACUCUGAUUAAUCAGCUCCCCAUGUGUAAAGGAAAAUAAGAGGAGUUCUGUCGGUAAUUUCAGUACAUUUGCAUACAUGGCUCUUCAAACACUCUGUAAAUAAACUGAGUUGAGUAAGUAA